UGCAAGACUGCUUCUACAAACAUUUGUGAAAUACUGUGCAAUAAGUCCAUCCGUGAAAUUUCCUUGCUACUAAAUAUUCCACGGUCAACUGUUAGUGGUAUUAUAACAAAAUGGAAGCAACUGGGAACAACAGCAACUCAGCCACGAAGUGGUAGGCCACGUAAAAUGACAGCAGAGUCAGCGCAUGCUGAAGCGCACAGUGUGCAGAAGUCACCAACUGUCUGCAGAAUCAAUGGCUAAAGACCUCCAAACUUCGUGUGACCUUCAGAUUAGCGCAACAACAGUGCAUAAAGAGCUUCAUAGAAUGGGUUUCCAUGGCUGAGCAGCUGCAUCCAAGCCUUACUUCACCAAGUGCAAUGCAAAGCAUCAGAUGCAGUGGCGUAAAGCACGCCGUCACUGGACUCUAG